AUAUAAAAAAAAACCUAUUAAAUUAUAAUGUCAUUAAAUUUAGGAAGAAAAGAAUCAUUAGAAAUUAAACGUAUUCUAGUCGGAGUAGCAGGUGGGUCAGCCGCUGGUAAAACUACAUUAUGCAAUAACAUAAGAAAAGAGAUGACAUAUGAUGGCGAAUUUAAUGUUCUAAUAGUUCCCUUAGAUUGUUUUUAUAAGGGUGUAGACAAAACGAAAACCGAUGCUCGAGAUUAUAAUUUUGAUCACCCAGAUGCUUUAGAUUUUAACUAAGCUUAUAAUUGUUUAUUGGCUCUAUUAAAUGGUUAGCCUACUGAAAUUCCUAGAUAUAAUUUUUGCACACAUUACCCUGAAGAAUAAAAGGAUAAGGUAGAGCCUACUGACGUAAUUCUUUUUGAGGGAAUUCUUUCCCUAUAUGACCCAAGGAUAUGUGAUUUGAUGUAAUAUAAGAUUUUUAUGCACUGUGAUGAUGAUAUAAGACUUUGUAGAAGAAUUGUUAGAGAUAUAAAUGAAAGAGGAAGAGAUGUCGAAGGCGUACUUUUUUAAUAUAAUAGAUUUAUAAAAAGAUCUUUUGAUGAAUACAUUAAGCCUACUAUGAAUUGUGCGGAUAUGAUAGUCCCUGGAAGUAGAAAUAAUAUGGUUUCAGUUUAAUUUAUUGUUUAGCAUUUGAAAGCUAAAGCAAAAUAAAUUGGAAUGUACAAAAAGACUAUAAAAAAAUCAAUUGUUUUUGAUGGAGAUGUAGUAGAGUCUUUUGAACAUAGUAUUAUGAAUAUUAAUAAUAAAAAAGAAGGCUAUUCUUUAACUGAAGAUUUGUCUUUUUAAAAAUGUAUGGUUUUUCCUAAAAGUGAUGUUAUGAAAAGAGAUAUUCAUACCACUUUUGUGAGAUUGACUGAAGAAUUUACUUAUAAAAAAUCAAAGGGUAUUUUUAAAGAAUAUCUUAAACAUGCAAUAGUUUUAUGGGAAAAAUUAGCUUAGAUGAAUAAUGCUUAACCUAAUGAUGUUUAAGCUUUGUCUUUAUUUGAUUUCUUUUCGAUUUAUAAAUAAUAGUAAAUGGAAUUUAAAUAAUAUGUUAUCAUAACUUUCCAUGUACUUUAGCCGGAACAUGAGUAGUUGAUAAUAGAAUAAUGUCAAUGGUUUGAAGCAAAUUAAUAAAAAGUGAAAAUUAUUAUUAUUGCUUUAUUGGGGUCUUUAAGCUAGUUUGCUAGUCUGAAAAAUUAGUGCAAAAAUAUAUUACAUUUUAUUAAUAUUUUGUGUAUUGCUAAUAGAAAUUAGUUCAUAAAAACUAUUUAAGAUAAUUAUACAGAUGAAUAAAAAUAAUAGUUUUUUGAUUGGAAAUUUAUGUAAGAAAAAUUGUUUAAAAAAACACAAAAUUAUCUCAAGAAAAAUUAAAAAAAAUUCGAAAAUGAAAUUAUUAGUUGAAUGCUUAUAUUUUUAUUUUAUUUCAUACAUAUAUAAUUAUUUAUUUUUUUAAUAUUGAGAUAGAAUUAAAAA